GCCCCGCCCGGGCCCGGACGUCCUGCAUCCCCCCGACCCCCGCGCCCACUGCCCCGCCGCCCGUCGGCGCAGACGGGCAUCCGAUACGUGUACCCCUCCUGCCAGGAGCCCCAUGCACAUCUACAGGCCCAGUCAAUCAGGGGUCCAUUCCUGGAGCCAAGGGGGACAGAGGGCCUGAAGCAGGAGUGGUUCACCAAAUACUUCUCCUUUUGAGCACAAGCACAUUACGCAGCAGGUGCAAGUGCAUCUCUUCAUACAUGUCAUUGCUUCUUCUACAUCUGUUUGCUCAGACACACACACACACACACACACACACAGACGUAUGGGCUCAUCACCAGCAAGCCCACCUCGAACAUUGCCUCAAAGCUCAACCAAAAAGUGCUUCUCAGACACAUGCCUGACCUCUUCUCAGCCGGAUCUUGUUUGUAUAGUUUGGAAUGUCUCCAUAUGUUCUUUUAUUUAUACCAGUCUUCCUUUUUUGAAACCCAAACGUUUGCUCUGAUCUCAUCCCACGAUUUCUUGCAGGCAUAUGUGCAUUUGUUGAGUCCCGUCAUGUGUCUCCUGGGUUAUGGAAGCAUUCCACAUGUUCAAUCAAGAUCCUCGUCAGAACAGACACACACGUCUCACCAUACCAAAAUUAAGCUUCUCUCAAUGCAAAAAUGUAUAAUAAUUUUAAUGAACAAAUUGAAUAAAAUAUUUUGUUUUUCACUGUUUUGUUUUGUUUUGUUUUGUUCCAGGUCUCUGCUCUCACGAGCAGAGACCUGGAACAAACUAAAGAGAAGCUAAGCCAGGAGGAGUUUGUCUGCUCGGAGCUGGCGUCGGUGCAGGAGACGCUGUACAACACAGCUGGACAGGUUCAGACACCUUCUCCCAUGCUCAGACUUUAAUCCCGUCUCUCAUUACACUCUUUGUUUCAUUCUCUACUUGAUCCUGGUGACUGGUUCACAUCUCUUACAUGCUGCAGCUUUAAUAAAACCUUGGAUCUUUCAAGCGCUCGUUUUUCAUAGAUGAAUCCACCGUUGAUCUGAAAAUGAGAAUAUUAACCCUCUGUUCCUUUUAUUUGGUCCAUUAUCAGCUGCUGAGUACAGUCGACGCCAGCACCAGUGAUGUCUCUGGUCUCCAUGAGAAGCUGGACAGAAAGAACAAGGUGGAGCAGCACAACAAUCAGAUCCAGCAGAGUUUUGCAGAGAGGAUGGAUGCAGCGUUCAGCAACAUGCAGCGCUGCAUUCAGCAGCAAGGAAUUAAACACCAUGAAAUGCUGAGCAGCUGCUCGCAGGCCGUUGACCGUUUGCUCCUGACUAACGAGUCCUCCCUGAAAGAAGCCGUGGCCACCGUGGAGUCGGUCCUCGAACGAGUCGGGCAGCUGGUGGCUGUGUCUGUGUCUGGCUUUCAGGUGAAGGUGCAGGAGCAGCGCAUGGUGUGUCAGCAGGACAAGCACACUCUGCUGGAGCUGCUGGAAGAGCAUCGACAGGAUAUGGAGGAGCUCCUGGUGGAUCAGAGUUUGAUGAGUUUAUCAGCUGUUAAGGAACUGAACCAGACUCUGAGGGCCUCAGUGGAGACGCAGCGAGCUCUGGCUGAUCAGGUGGAGGGGAUGAAGGAGUCUGGCGUGUUCCUCAGCGGCUUGGUGCAGGACCUGGCAGGGCUGCAUGACGUCGCUGUGCAGGGUCUGACAGCUCUGCAGAGUGAACACGACCAGCUGGCCGAGCAGAUCAGACGAGCUCAGGAGAGACACGAGACGGGUAUGAAGCGAACCAUGGACCAAAUCAACCUGCUGCUCCUGGAGGCUCAGAAGAACUACGCUGAUCUGCACACGAGCGCUACAGCUCUACAGAAACCUGUGCAGAGCACCCAGCACCACCUCAGCAGCGGCCUCAGCACAGUCAAGCAUCAGGCCUCGACGCAGGCGGACCUCCUCUCCUCCACCUUCUCCUACCUCUCUUCCUCACUGCGUCUGAACGCUGACGAGAGCCGCCAGACGCUGGAGGAGAUGGCCGGCAGCACCUCCUACCUCCACAGCACCGUGUCCGUUCUGGUGGAGCGUGAGAGCGUCAGCUCUGCUGAGAAGGACGGCGGUAGAGAACCUGAUGUAGAGAACGUCAUAUCCCCCCCUUCUACAUAUUCACCACCCGCUCAGAAGAACAAAACCACAAGGUCAUUAUCUUACUAA